GACCAGAGGGGGCAGUGUUGGAGAAUUUCAGCAGGAAGAAGCAGAUGAUGUAUGUGCUGGCAGCCGUUCUUGUGAUUUUGCUGCUGACUUUGUUUUUAAAGCACCUGAAGAGCAGACGAAUAUGCCUUGAUGCCAAAAGAUUGGAUGGUAAAACUGUUCUUAUAACUGGUGGAACUUCUGGUAUUGGAAAAGUGACAGCCAUAGCUCUUGCCAAGCGUGGAGCUCGGGUCAUCAUCACAAGUCAUGAUGAGGAGAAAGGGGAAGCUGCUCUAAGACAGAUCAAGAAAGAGAGCGUGAGCAUGAAUGUACGUUUCCAGAGUCUUAAUAUAGCCAACCUGCAAUGCAUCCGUGAUUUCUGCAAAGACUUCCUGCGGAAGGAAAAGAGGCUGGAUAUACUCAUUAACAAUGCAGGAGUGCCUGCUGUUUUAGACUGGACAGAGAAUGGCUUCAGUAUGUGCUUUGGAGUCAACCAUCUGGGACCUUUCCUUCUAACUAAUCUUCUGCUUGACCGUCUCAAGAGCUGUGCUCCCAGCCGUAUUGUCACAGUAACAUCUAACGUACACAAGUAUCUAAAACUGGACCUCAGUGAUUUAAAUUAUAAUAUAGUCCCGCUAUUUACCUACUGUCGCAGCAAGUUGGCAAAUGUCUAUUUUACUCAGGAGCUGGCCCAGCAGGUGGAGAGACACGGAAUUACAGCAUGCGCAGUUCAUCCAGGGUACGUUGUUGGAGAUUGGACCUCCCAGUUUUCAGUCUUAUUCCGCAUAGUGUGGUUUGUCGUCACGUCUAUGUUCUUCAUUCCAUGUGAAACUGGGGCUCAGACAGUGAUCCAUUGCGCUGUGUCAGAUGAAAUUCUCCAGCAUAAUGGCGGCUACUUCUCAGACUGCAAACCUUGCAAGCUUCGCCCCCAUGUACAGGAUGCUGGCAUUGCUAAAAAGCUGUGGGAAGCAAGUGAAACAAUGGUUGGCCUUACUUCUUCCCCUAGAGACCAUUUAGCAACAAGAGCAAGAUAGCAUUGAUUCUAUGCAUGUUUUAUUUAUCAACAGUAUGUCACUGGAAAAUAUAGAGAGAUGUGUGUGUUUUUUUAUACUAUACCUGCCCCAUCCAAAUUUCAUCUUCAGUCUUUUCAUUUUAUCCAAGCUGCAUAUCUUAAUCUCUCUUUCCAUGCUGUACGUUAUUUAAAAUCCAAUUCUUGAGGACCACAAUAUAUAUAUAUAUAUAAUAUAUUUUAUAUUUAUUUUUAAGUCGUUGUUAUAAAUGCAUAAUAUAGAUCUUACAGUCACAGUUGCAUUAUGUUAAAGCCAACACCCACUUGAAUAUCUUUAUCUUAUCAAAUUUCUUGUGGACAGUUAUAAUAGUAGCUCCUGUCCUGAUGGGGUUAUUGUGUAGAAUUUUGUAGGAUUAAGGAGACAUAAAAGCCAAAAUUAAACUUUCAUGAUUUAGAUAGAGCAUACAAUUAAAAAAAAAUCUGAUUUGCUUCCAUUGUGCACAGUAUUGUUUACACACUGUCUGAGGCAGCAACUUUUGCAAAAAUGUGCAUAAGUUCAUAUUAUAUACAUCUGAGUCUGUGAUUGGCUGCUGGGUGUUACAGGAGACCAGGAAAUAAAAGCAAAUUUGUCAGAAAAAAA